AUCAGUACGUUUCUAUAGUUAAAAAUUUUAAGUCUUCAAAAUUGUUCUAUAUUUUUUUUAUUUUACCGGAUUAGCUUGAUUUUUAUUCCCUAAAAUGCGGAUGCUUUGCGACAGACUUUCCGCCCUGACCGCCGGGGCCAUGGUCGGUGUUUGGUACGCAAAGAAUUUCCCGUGCGAAAAGUCCCAGGGUGGCGGAGACCACGGCAAGGCCAAGGACAAAAGCAAGGACAAGGGCAAGGAGAAAGGCAAGGACUAGGGAAAAGGGAUAGCUAAUCUGGGUGGAACUAUUACCCGUAAACAUUCUAGUAGGCAGAGGCAAAAUUCGAAUGUCGACGACGCUAUCGGCAUGAAAAGAGAAAGUUUAACCAAAUGACCCCUGACUGGAUACGGGAAAACUCUCUGAUAAUGCUGCCGGAAAAUUAUUUUUGCUUCUUAUGAUUCAGAACUUUACUACGAUUCCACGCAGCUGACUUACUGUACUUAGAUGCUAUUAACAUUUUUGGCAUUUUAAUAAAGAGGCAAAAAUGCGUACUAUAUAAAAAAA